CUAUAAAAAAAUACGCGGCUAGCCGUCCGCCACCUCCAUUCCAGCCCGACCUGCCCACGCAAGGAAUUUCCAGCCUCCGCGCCUCGUCCCCACCAGCCAGCCGCCGGACGAGGAGGAGGGGAGAGGAAAGCGGCCGCUGGAUCGACGAUGAUGUGGGGCGUCGCAGCCGCCGUCGCCUCCGCGGCCGCCGUCGCCGUGGCCUCCGGCGCCGAGCUCCUCGCCUGCGACUGCGCCCCGACGGACCCCGCCGCCGCCGUCGCCGUCGGCAGAUGCGACGACUUCCUCCUCCGCCAGCGGGAACCCCCGUCGUCGAGCGCGGGGAGCGGCGUCACGGACGACAAGUUCGCGCCGCGGUUCGACGGCCUGCGCUUCAUCGAGACGCUCGUCACGGCGCACCGCUGAAACCCCCCUGUUCCUCGGGGGAUUCUUUCUCUUCGUGCGAUUCGCGGGGAGAUGCGAGCGAGCUGCUACCCUAUUAAUUCGGCGAUUGGCGGCCAACGCGCCGCCAAAUUUUUGCUACUAGGACAAAUUGAGGUUUUUUCGUUUCUUUUUCUCUUCCUUUGCUGAUGACGAUUAUCGUCCUAUUGUUGUUGAGUGAUGCGAUUGAAUUGGAACCUUCAAGUAUGUGA